AUGGCUCAGCCACAACCAGUUCCAUGGGGUGCUGCCAUAGGCCCUCUAGCUUUAGGAAAUCAAUUGCAUGAUUUGCCAACAGGUUCAAGGAAGCAUCUCCCAAAGUUUUCAGGAGAUGGAAAAGUCACUGCAGAAGAUCAUAUUAGUGCUUUCUUUACUGCAUGCGCAAUCCUCGGAGUUCAGUAUGAGGAUGUUUCUGUACGACUUUUUGUUGAAACUCUAAUUGAUGCCGCAGCUGAAUGGUUUAAUCAGCUACCAUCUGGUUCCAUUACUAAUUGGGCGACUCUGUUACAAAAAUUUGAAGAAAGAUUUAAAACCGUAGAUGAUGGUCAUUUACUUCUUGCUCAAUUAACCCAAAUGAAGAAAGAAGUACACGAACCUAUGAGAGAGUUUGUGGCUCGUUUCAACAAAAUAGUCAAUAAAUUAGCAGCUGAUAAGAGGCCUACGGAGGAAAAUCAAAAAUGUUUCUUCAUUAAUGCACAACCUCCUGACAUUAGUUUCCAAAUAAGAAGAGGACAAGUAGCUGAUCUCGCUGCAGCACAAAGGUUAGCCAUUGAAGUUGAAGAUGACCUAUUGAGUGCUGGAAAGUGGAAUAAAGAAUUACAGAAAGGAAAAAUUCAACAAGCCAAUCCUGCACCUACCGAUCCAAUGAUUCAAAAGCUAGCAAAUGAUUUACUUCAGUUGAAGAAGCAAUUACCACAGAAUCCACCACCUAUGUAUCAAGAUAUUCCUAGAAGGAAUUAUAUUCCAUAUCAACAAAACCGGCAACCAAAGCUACUAGCUCCAACACCAAGGUUGGCAAUUGAGCACCCAUCUACGAGUAAUCGUCAAACUACUGCAAUGUGUGAUUUCCAUCUCACAACAGACCAUGAUGGAGCCUCAUGUCCCGAGAUGACUAGGUUUAUGCAGAUGAACCAGACCAGUGAAAGGAUUGAAGAAUAUGUUGAAGAUGAAACUAAUCAACAGUUUGGUCCACCUACAGUCAACUUUUUAGAAUAUGAGUCUGGCGAGGAAAACGAAAAAGAUAGUGACAUAAAUAAUCAUUCAUGUAAUGUGUUUACAAAGAAUUGGCGCCAGAAGCUCGGGGAGAAAACUAAGUUAGCUACAAAAGACAAAGAGGUGGAUGAGGUUCCUAAGCAAAUUCUUUCCAGGAAACAAAGUAAAGAAGAAGGAUCAUCAAGAAAAGCUGAAAAAGAAGUUGAACAUGGUGAUUCCUCUUUUGAAGAUUCUUUUGAUUUCAUUGAAUACUGUAAAAAGAUUAAGGUGCAAAUUUCUCAGUAUGAGUAUCUUAAGAAGAAUCCGCAACAAUUGGAUAAAUUGGUGCAUUGUAUCAAAAAGGAUUUCAAGCAACCUCACUCAGACGUACAUCAAGAAUCGGGAGAGAAUUUUGAUGAUGAUGAGCAAGAUGAGUCUAUUACAAGGGAAUCAUCUCUUGUUGCCACUUCCUUUUCUAAUAAACCAGACCCUUUCUAUAUUUCCUUGUACAUUGUUGGUUGUAAGUUGAGUAAUUGUAUUAUAGAUUCCGGUGCUUCUGAUAAUGUAAUGCCUUCCAAAGUUGCUCAUGCACUAGGCCUAUCUUUAAAUAAACCUACUGCCAGUUAUGGUAUGCUCUUAAGUCGUAGUUUCUGUAAAGAUUUGGGUGGAGAGAUUCAAUUAGAUUGGUCACAUGCCUUGAUACCUCUUGGCAACAAGAAAGUCAGAUUAAACCCAGAACCUAAAGCCAAAUACACAGUUCUCAAAUCUGAUGAUCCAAGAGCUGAAAUAUUAUACGUUGAGACUGGCCCAGGUACUUAUAUGAUCUCAUCAAAGAAGGAGAAUGUUCCUGAAAUUUUGGCUCCUGACAUAUCCUCAGAACUUUGGGUAAUGCAAUUUGAUGGAAGUUCUUCAUCUUCCGGUUCAGGUGCUGGUGUGGUGUUGAUAUCUCCUCAAGGGGAAAAGUUUCCUAAAGCCUACAAGCUCGCAUUUGAUACUACCAAUAACACGGCAGAGUAUGAAGCUCUUCUUCUAGGUUUGGAAUUUGCCAAAGAAAAAGGAAUCAAGAAGUUACAAGUUAUGGGAGAUGCUGAACUAGUUGUCAACCAGGUGAGAAGUCAAUAUUAG